UAGUUGCGACUUCAGCUAGUUUACCAUGGUUAACAGAAACGACGUCCAAGUUUAACGACUCCGAAGACGAGGAUGCUAUUUGUGGCAAAACUGAUCCAUGUCAUGGCAGAGGCGGAGGCAAGUCUACCGACAGCGGAUGCAACAACCCCGUACGAGGAAUACGAGUGUAAGAUCUGCUACAAUUACUUCGACCUGGAUCGAAGAGCGCCCAAGAUCCUGGAGUGUCUGCACACGUUCUGCGAGGAGUGUUUGACCACACUUCACGUCAGGGAGGACCGGCCAUGGAGAAUCGCCUGCCCUAUCUGCCGGCACAGGACAGCCGUGCCUGACUACAGGAUCCACAACCUGCCCAAUAACACCAAGGUCACCGAGGCUUUCCCUCUCUACGUGGGGACCGAUCCGCUGCCCCAGGACGCGCUGCCUCCGACGCCCCAGUUGCACCGGUUCAACCAGCAGCGACAGCAUCAACAGCAGCAUCAACAGCAGCAGCAGCGCUCCAGCCCUGCUCUGCCGCCCGAGAUCGCGACCCCCUCGGCGGCAGCAAGCAGCCGCCAGUCCCCGGGACCCUCGGCGCCCUAUGAGAGCUGUCAGAAUUGUAAGAGGGCCGCCCUGACCGCUGGCUGCGUCUGCGUCGUCUUCUCCUUCCUCUCUAUGGUGGUGCUGCUCUUCACCGGCCUGAUCUUCGUCAAUCACUACAACAUCUCGCCCUCGCCCGUCGGCCCCAUCUGUCUGUCGGUGGCCAGCAUCCUGGCCUUGUUCUCUGUGGUUGUCACAUGGGUGAUCUGUUGGCUCAAAUAUCGGCCCGACACCAACGGGCCAGGAAAUAACAGGGCGUCCGCUUCCUCUGCACCCAGGAGAAACACUUAGCAAAAUUCGGCAGGGGUGAAACGCACCGGGUGUUUUGGCACAAAAUGACCAGUUGGGGAACAAAGCCCGCUCAUGUCGUGCUUGUAUCCAAUACAGCUGCAUGUCGAAGCGAGGGGAAACGACCCAGGGCAGGAAUUCCUUCAUUCAACACCUUUCCCCUUUACGCAUCACACGUCAAACCUAAAAUAUUUAGAAUGACUGAUAUUUAGCUUGUGGUCGAAAUAACUAGUGCCGAUAUGUAGAUGUAUCCCACUGGCUGGCUAUGCUUGUACUAAUAACGGAUAUUACGUGCGUUGUAUUGUGUUGAAAUGUACAUGUUCGAAUUGUACCAAAAGUGAAAUAAGCAUCAUUAGAUUUUAAUGAUGAAAGAAUACAAUAUAUGUGCAGUUUAAAAAAUACUGACAAACCUGGUUGUUCAAAGUCACUAAAUUGUGGGGCUUGGCUUCCUGGAUUGAAAACCACAGGACAUCUAGGAGUCUUGGCGGGGUAAUGGGUUUCGUAUGGGAUUAGUUUGCUGACAAAAGGACGACCUCGUAGGCAAUGGCUCGUUUUUUUCCUAGAAGAACUGCAGGCUAAUCAGGACUAAUGUUGCAAAGAAGAGCCCUUUAAGUCUGAACGAUAUUUUAUAUGUAGAUGGACUGUGGUUUGAUGGAUUUGAGUCAAAUGUUGACUGUUAAAAAGUGGUUACAAAUAACUCCAAAGGCCAUACCUGCCAUUGAUGCAGCCGGUGCAUUCAAAGCAGAACACGUCAAUUUCUGUGUAUUAGUCACAAGUAUUAUUUGGAUUUAUUAUAACAUUAAUACAUACAUUUAAACUAUAUACAUCUUCGGGUAACACGAUUCUCACGAGACAGGCAAUAAAUGUGUAAGGACAUUAACCAUCAGGAGCCUUAAAAGUGUACAGGGGUAAAAUGUAAAUGUAUAAAAUCAUGGAGCUACUGAGAACAAAAUGAAAGUUGAAACAUAUGUUUGCACCGGUCUUAAAACGCCCAGGUGAAUUUAAAUUAAAGGAAAAAUGCAGAAACCAGUGCAGGAAAUUGUCAGUCAUAAAUCACUUUUCGAGGACCCUACAAGUCGACUGAACCAAACCCGUGUUCAAGGGGCAGUGUAACGCAUCUGGAUGUUUAGAGCCGGAAAGGGCAGCAAGUUACCAAGUAAAGGGACUCUGUCAGCAUUCCUGGCAUAAUAACAUCGCAUUUAUGAUCUGUAAUUUUUAUUUCCAAGUUGAGAUUUUCAGAGUUGUCUAGUGUGAGCCAAGGUUACAUCUUGUUGAAUCUUAUGGAAACAAAAUGGAAAAGAAAGUUGAAGCUCGAAAACUAAUACGGGAUGAUGCCAACUAAGGAGCCUUCUCUGAACUGAUGCAUCAGUGUUCAAAAUCUGGUCAAAUAUUAAACAAAAAUGGAGGCAAAUGCGCGCCUGAACGUACACACGCCGGAGGCUGACCCCUCCGCUGAGGAUUGUGACGAUAGGAAAUCAAUCAGACUGUUGGGAACUACACACUCCAGAUGUUUUCAGUGUCUGAACUGUGGCCUUUCAAGUGAUUUUGUAAGUACUGUAUAAUUCAGGACAUUACUGAUAAUCUAAUGACCUAUUAUGAGAACUAAGGUCCAAUCAGCGGGCUUUCGGGUCUGGGAUAAAACUUGGCUUGCCUAAUGGCUCAGGGGGUUAUCCGGAUAUCAUGCAAUAGUGGCUAUGUGCUGAUAAUGUACUAUAUCUUCUCAAACGGGUUCUCGGUCACCACUGAGUUUGCUUAUUCCAACAAGGCCUAACAUUCAUCUUGGCAUUAAGAAUUAGGGAGGGGAAGGUAUGCCAAUGGCCCAGGAUCCGAUUGCUAUCUGCGUGCUUUCUUGCAGAAGUGGUGUACGUGUGCAUGCAGGUGUGAGAGGGGAGAGUGAGAGAGAAAGAGAGAGAGCUUGGCUUGGUUAUAAUGUCCCCAUGGUCGAAUGGUCUAUCUGAAAAAUUCGGAAGGGCUAUUUGGAUCAGGUAUUGAAAGGGGCCUGGUGCCCAAGGGAGGGUGUCAUAACCAAAUAAUCACUGUCUUUGGGACAGAGGGAAGGAAAAAUACUGAGAAGUUUCCAAUGAUAUUUCCUACUAGUUCCUGCGUUUUCGUAACUCAUAGUAGUCUUGAAACCGUACUCUGUUGUGGGAUUCCAGUAUCUGCAUGCUUAACGAAUUGGUUCAAAGUUCGUCAACUUAAAAUUUAAAAUGAACGGAAACUGCGCGGCGUUUCGGGCAGCAUUUGCGGUGAGAGAAACAGAGCUAACGUUUCAGGUCGAAACCCCUUCGUGAGGUCUCAGGCUUGAAACGUUAGCUUUGUUUCUCCUUACCUGGAUCUGCCUUACAUGCUGAUUGUUUCCAGCAUUUCGUGUUUUUAUUUCAGAUUUCAUUGACAAGAAAUCGAAACACUCAGCAAUUCAGGAAGCAUCUGUGGAGAGUUCACGUUGUAGGUCGAAGCCCUCUCAUCAAAACUGAGCUGCUGCCUGACCUGCUGAGUAUUUCCGGCACUCUGCUUUCAGAUUUCAGGAUCGAAAGUCUUUUGGUUCGCAUUUCUUAAAAUAGACAAAUUACUCCUUUUAAAUACCGGAAAGUGUAAUUUCCUAUGAAUGCAUAAAGCAUUUAUAGAUCAAUGUCCUAUUAUUUAAUUUCAAGGCCAAAAAAUUAGGCCUUGCGUACAACUGAGAUGGAGAAAUUUACAAAUCAGAACUAAACUUAAUUUCCCAGAUCUCAAGCUUUCGUCUUUGUAUGGUAUUAAAUAAUUAUUAGUGACAUCAACAGAAACGUAUUAAUUUAUCUAUUUUAAGUGCACUAGACAAGAGCGAUAUUCAUACAAAAUAUUUUGCUCAAUGACUUAAAUUUCUGUCACCCACAUGUCGUCAGGUUUGCAGUAACAGCACGAUCGUUUGUACUUCGUUUAUACCAAUGACGUUAACGUGAUAGAUGUGAUUGUUAGGUGUUAGCUAAAGCUAUAUUCCAGAUACAGGGCGAAUACCGAGGUUGAAACAUUUAUGAUGCAACUAUACGCACAAACUUUAGUUUAUCGCUGUAAACCGGUGCAUCUUCAUACAUAGAAUAGAAUCACUUCCCUAAAGGUUGAGCCUGCGAGAGGUGGAACAGCUCCCUUAGAUUUUCAUAAGAAAUAAAAAUGAAUAGUGUGAUUGAGAACAAUACGGAAAUCCACUUGUGGAUUCAUAUUCUGAGGAAUGCACGUUGAGCCCUUUCCAAUUUGUAAAUGGGUCAGGAGUUUUUGCACGGGGUUGUGCUGGUCUCGAAAACACUGCUUUCAUCAUAAUCACUGUUUUCCAAUUAAAAUAUUGACAUAGCUAUUACUAUAAGAACUUGGUACAAGAUGAGUAUAUAAAUUGCACAUGCUAAAUGUUUUCUAUUUCUAAGUACAAAUGUCAAACGUGUAAUUAGAAACAAUAUAAAAUCCAAUUGUAUGGUUUGAAUCUAGGCGGGCCUAGAUGGCUUUUUAAUUGAUUCUCGCUCUUCUGAAUACUGAGUACAGGGGUUCUGUUUUGCUUUCACUAUCCUUUAAGUUAGCCAAGAAUAACUGGAACAUUGCAGGCAGUAGCGAGGCUAACAGAAAAUAUGUAUUGCUGGGAUGCUUUCAACUGCAUUCCUCCUACUUCUGGAAAAUUAAAAUAAAAAAAAUAGAAUUAAAAACA